CAACAUCAAUAAGUUGACGUAUUUACAAACAAAAUUCUGCUCGUGUCUGUGAAAGGAAAUCUUGGUUUUACCUGGUUUUUUCUCGGUUUCUGUUAUAAAUUUCUGUUUUCUGCUCAGUACUGGUAUCAGUUGAUAAGCAUACUGGUUAAUAAGCUUCCAGCUAUUCAUUCCUCUGUGAUAGCUGGCAUCUUCACGAAAAGCAGACGCACUUAAUCAAUAAUUUAGUCUUUUAUCCCAAUGUGUGGGUGGUGUUGCUGGUAGUCGGUCGCUGGGUACAAGCUAGAUUUCUGUAAUAGCAAAUAGAGAAAUUCAAGAAGAAUGGAAGGAAAGCGGACGACCGGAGGAGCAGCAGAUCCAACUUUCACCAACUCCCUGUCCGCCGGUGGGGACUUUGGUCAUCUCUCGGAUGAAGUUAUUCUAAUGAUUCUUAACCUUCUUUCUCCAAAAGAUCUCUACAAUCUCAUGAAAACUUGUGUCCGACUCAACAAUCUUUGUCAAGAACCGAAACUCUGGACUUCCAUUGAGGAUCCACCAGACAAACGGGAAAGUAUCCACUUUGCUCUGAACCAUCUGAUGACUUCGAAGACGAAGAAGGUGAAGCUAUCCGUUGGAUGCAGUCCGAUAAACCGCGGCUAUCGGACCAGUUUGUCUCCAUCCUCGCUGAAAUUGCUUCUUCAGGGCGAUCAUCUCAGUGAGUUACACCUCGUCAACCAGAGGCUGGACGCGGAUCACUUCCGCAUGCACGAUCUGCCACCUAAUCUCAGAGUCCUCAACAUGUCGGGAUGUGUUCUUUCUAACUAUGAAACGCAGGAUCAUGGCCUUUAUCUUAAGGAUCUAAGUUUGAGGUUGAAAGAGUUGGAAGAUUUAAAUUUAUCCUACUGCUCCUUUGCGAUGGCACAUUCUCUCAUGCCAAUAAGUAAGUUGCCCAAAUUGAAGAAACUCUAUUUAAGAGGAUGUCGAGAUGUUGGAGAAUGUCUGGCAUAUGUUGCGUUAUCGACGAGAUAUGGUUUUACACAAUUGAAGGUGCUCGAUGUGACUGAUACAAGAGUGGGCAGUAUUGAAUUUAGCUCUUUCGCUAUUAUAAAAACAUUGGAAGAGUUCUAUUUUGGCCAGUACGACCAGUUUCUUGAUCAUCCAAUUAAUCACAUCACAGAUCUCUGCAUAACAAGAAUUCGAAACUCGCCCACAAUCAGGAUUCUUGACGCCAGCGGUUCAAGACUGACUGAUCGUAGUUUGGAGAUUUUUGAGUCGAUCCCCAAUCUGGAGAGGGUAGAAGCCCAUUUUACCUCAUUUUCCAAAAAUGCAUUGGAAACCUUUCACCGAAACAGGCCAAAGUGUCGGAUUCACAUGGUAGAAAAUCCGGUGCAAGUUUCACACGUUCUUAUUCGUCCACAACAGUUGAACACUACGUGUUUUAACCGUCAUCACGGACCAUCGGAAUCCCCGAGUCCAAGUGGAUCCGUAAUUACAAUAGAUACUCGUGCCAACCUGAAUGCAUCUAGUUCAGGAAACAAUUACAAUAAUACUGACAAUAAUAAUCAUAAUGUGUGACAUUAUAAAAAGUAACUAUUAAUUGUUUUCUAAGUAUAGAUAAUUGUAACUCUGAUUAAUAUUUUAUUUGACGAAUCAGCAACUUGUCCAUAUUAUCUAUGUACGCAAACAUUUAGCCAUUAAAUAGAAAUACAAGACUCAAAUAGAUGAAAUUUGCAGAAAAAAUUAAUUUGACGCUAUUAUUUUGAAUUUGAAUUUACAAAAAAACAGCUAUCAAGAAUUAAAUAAAUACACACUUUUAUUCAA